GGAGUAGGAGCGAUGUGCCUUUAAGAGAAGCCCAGCCUCUCAGCAGCCGCUGCCAGAUGAUGGAACUGCAUCAGGACCGCGGAGCUUUGGAGCAUCUCUGACUGAGCUUGGGGUCUUUGCUUCAGGACCAGUGAUCGCCUUCUUAGUCUUCAUUUAAAGUAUGGGAGAACUGGGGCACCCCACUGUGCGAGGCUUUCGUUUCCGAAUGCCUGCUUCUUCUUGCCUGCCCCUGUCCUGAAGCAUCCCUUCCCCCCUAGAUCCCCUGGGGCGGGGGGAGCAACUAUAACUGCAGCUGGAGGCUACAGAGAGCAAGGGGAGAACUGAUCCCCCCUGGAAUCAAAAGAUUUCUGGAUUUGUCAGAAGUUAUCUCCCAAUUAUCACAUGGCAGAAAAAAUUCCUCCCCCAAUACAAGCCACUGGCAUUGCUGAGGAUGGCCCCUGCCAGCACCCGCAGGAAACAACACUGCUUGCCACCCACCUGAAGAAAGUGGAAAACCAUAUUACAGAUGCACGACGCUUCUGCCAUCUCCCCAAACGCUCUGCUGUAGAUAUUGAGUUCAAAGAUCUUUCUUACUCUGUGAGAGAAGGGCCAUGUUGGAGAAAGAGAGGAUAUAAAACCCUUUUGAAAUGUUUAUCUGGAAUGUUCUGCAGUCGAGAACUUAUUGGAAUUAUGGGACCAUCGGGAGCUGGAAAAUCUACCUUAAUGAAUAUUCUUGCUGGGUACAGGGAGAGUGGAAUGACAGGUCAAAUUCUAGUAAAUGGAAAGCAACGAGAACUACGGACAUUCCGAAAGAUGUCAUGUUAUAUUAUGCAAGAUGAUAUGCUUCUUCCCCAUCUCACUGUCAAAGAAGCAAUGAUGGUUUCAACCAACCUAAAACUCAAUGAGAAGAUGGAAGUGAAAAAAAAGUUGGUGAAUGAGAUUCUGACAGCAUUGGGUCUACUGGACUGUUCUGGAACUCGCACUUUGUUCUUAUCUGGGGGUCAGCGCAAGCGUUUGGCUAUAGCGCUGGAACUUGUCAAUAAUCCACCAGUCAUGUUCUUUGAUGAGCCCACUAGUGGUUUGGACAGUGCAUCCUGUUUCCAGGUGGUCUCUUUGCUGAAUUCUUUGGCACAGGGGGGACGCACAAUUAUCUGCACCAUACAUCAACCUAGCGCCAAACUCUUUGAGAUGUUCAAUAAGCUAUAUAUCCUCAGUCAAGGGCAGUGUAUAUACCGAGGGUCUGUAACUCACCUCAUUCCAUAUCUGAAGGGUCUGGGACUGCACUGCCCAACCUACCACAAUCCUGCUGAUUUCAUUAUUGAGCUGGCAUCAGGGGAAUAUGGUGACUUAAACCCUUUGUUAUUUCGGGCUGUAGAAGAUGGCUUAUGUCCUAUCACUCGAGACAAGAGCCAGCAAACCAAGCUCGAUCAGGAGCACUGCCCUAAUGAUGUCUCUGUACAUGUAGAGAGCCACACUUUUGCCACCAGCUCCCUAAACCAAUUCUGCAUCCUUUUCAAACGCACCUUCCUCUCUAUUCUGAGAGAUACGGUCCUGACUCAUCUGCGUUUCAUGUCUCACCUAUGUAUUGGGGUUUUGAUCGGGCUGCUGUAUCUGCACAUUGGAGAUGAUGCCAGCAAAGUGUUCAAUAACACAGGCUUCCUGUUCUUCUCCAUGCUUUUCCUUAUGUUUGCAGCCCUCAUGCCUACUGUGCUGACCUUUCCCCUGGAGAUGUCUGUCUUUCUACGAGAACAUCUGAAUUAUUGGUACAGCUUGAAGGCCUAUUAUCUGGCUAAGACCAUGGCAGAUGUUCCCUUUCAGAUAGUCUGCCCUGUGGCAUAUUGUAGCAUUGUAUACUGGAUGACCAGUCAACCUCCUGAGGUUUCACGUUUUUUACUCUUCUCAGCUUUGGCAACUUCUACUGCCCUUGUGGCACAAUCAUUAGGUCUUCUAAUUGGAGUUGCAUCAAAUUCUUUACAGGUUGCAACCUUCGUGGGACCAGUUACUGCAAUUCCAGUAUUGCUAUUCUCAGGCUUCUUUGUCAGCUUUAAAACCAUCCCAACAUACCUACAAUGGUGCUCCUACAUCUCAUACGUCAGGUAUGGAUUUGAAGGAGUCAUCCUAGCAAUCUAUGGCAUGGAUCGAGCGCCUCUGCAAUGUCGUGAGUUACCCUGCACUUUUCAGCUGCCUCAACAGGUUCUGCAAGAGUUAGAUGUUGAGGAUGCCAAGCUGUAUGUGGACUUCUUAGUUUUGGGAGGCUUCUUUCUUGGACUUCGUCUUCUUGCUUAUCUUGUAUUACGCUAUAGGGUUAAAUCUGAGAGGUAAAAAGAAAGAGAAAACUCUCUCAAAAAGAUGAGUUUCCAAAAGUUUUCUUGGUCAGGUACUUCCAAAAUAUGGAUUACAAAGUGUGCCCUUGUGUUCAUCUGUAUAGCCCAAAUCUUUCCUAUUUUCUGUCAUACUGCAGUAUUGUUAUUAUUCUUCAUUCUCCACAAACUGACUAUUUUUUUCAGCAGUAUAAGAAAUUUGAAAACUAUUACUCUUUUAUGCUCCACGGAGGUUAAAAAAAACCAAAACAUUCUCCUCCUACCUUCUAUUCUUGACCAGUCCUGCUAUGACCACUCUGUAUUUCUUAUCUUCCUCACUGAUUCAGCCUUCUCCAGAUAUAACUGAUUUUAAUCAACUGCUGCUAAAAUGUUAUAGUCCUUUCCAGGAAUUUCUGUAGUAUUACCUGAGAAAAAAGUAGCACGUCAUCUGUUUUUUCUAUCCAUUAUAAAUGUAAGUGAAUUUGCUGGCUGACAUAUUCGUGUUAAAAGAGAAACUGGACAUAUUUUAGCCUUGAAAAUGCUUCCAUUUGCCUGAAGUUUGCACUGCAUAUUGAAACCACAUGGCUGUCAUUUUAUUUCAGCAUAUGUAUGUUUAUGUCCUCUCUGUUGAGUCUCUGAGUACUGCAAUUUUGUAGCUGUUGAAACCUUGAAACAUAAGUGUUACGAUACAAAGAAAAAACAGUCUUUUAAAAUAUAUACAAGAUAUCAGUGCUACUCUAACCUUAUUGCUAGUUAACUGUGCGGCCAGUGUUAAUAUAGGGGUUCUGGGCAUUUAACAUGGCCAGAAAUUUGAAGAGUGUAAUCGCCAAGGACAUAUAAUAUACUAAAAUAAAUUGUGACUUUUCAUGGUGGGGAAUUUAUAUUAUGUUGCCUUUUCCUUCUUAAUACCCACCAAGGUACAUUAUUCAAAUCACAUCCCAUGGAUGUGUUGCUAUAACCACUGUCGUUUCUCAGGCCUUAUUCCUACAUGUAGGCCUCAAGAAUUUGAUGUUCUUUUGCCCACCUUCUCUACUUACUAGGCAGUUAUCAUCCUACACCGUAUCAAUAAAAUCAUUUUUAGACUUUAAUAAAAUUUUACCUAAAUACCGUAGAUUAGAAUGGAAAAAUCAGCCUCCUUCAUCCAACAUUUAGCCAUACUUACAUUUUUAUUCUAAGGAACAGUUUGCCCUAAAAUGAACUUUUAGUUUAAAUUAGACAGCAACGUGUGUAUUGACUUAUUAAGCUUCUAUUCAAUUGGUACAGUACAUAGAAACAAAAAAGCAGACUGAUAAAUAACAAUAAAACAACUGGAGGUAAAGGCUUAUAAUAAAGCUAAUUAAUAAAUACAAUAAUAAUAGUAACCAGAAAAAUCUUCCUUCUAUAAGACACCAAAAGUAACAUUCUAGUCCUCUAUCUUUCAUUGCGAAAAGACACAAUGAAAAAAAAAAAAUGAUUCAUUAUAUAAAAAAUAUAAUUUUUUGCUAGUGUUAUAACUGUUAAUGUUAACAAGGUUACCUCAUAGUUUACAUGAUUAUAGAGCAAUAUAAAGUGCAUUUUGCAAUAUGUGACAUGUCCUGCAAAUAUAUAUAUAUAUACACACACACAUACAUAUAUAUAUAAAACAAUGCUCCUAAAAUGUCUUCCACCCUACAAUGCAUAAAUGCAUAGUUAAUGCAACGUCCAGUUUACACAUAUACUCAAUAUUAUUGUAACAUUUCAAACAUUUUUAUUUGCUUUUAAAUCUACAGAUAGGACUCAUUGAAUUGAACCAUCUGACACGUGUACACGUACCCCCCAAAAAUGAACUGUGCUGCUGCUUCCCCAAGAUGCAUACAUACAAAAUCCUCUCUAUCUGUAUGUUAUAUAUGUUCCCACAGUGUGGAAUCUAUGUACCUAAUGCACAGAUAUUAUGCCUCACAAAAGUUGUGGUGAAUACAUGGAUAUUCAGUAGGUUCAUGGAUUUUUUACUGAAUGGGAGUCUUGAGUUACAGUAAGCCCAGAGCAUGAAUGAGCCAUCACCCAGCAUGACAAUCACUAUACUCACAUUCCAAAGUACCCCUUAGUCCAUAUACUAUUUACUAGUUUGUCUAAAUACUAAUUUAUUCUAGACAUGGUCACAUAAUGCCAUGCAUGUAAGCUUGUAAAUUACUUCAUGUAUGUGCUCUUGAGAUUAUUUUGAACAUAAAAAUAUGCUUGCUGCAUGGCUGUUUCAGCACAAGAAAUAACAUCAUGCAAUUAUACAAUAUUUUGGGUUUUGGUUUAAACACAUCAAGGUCUGAAAUAAUUAAAUCAUAUGCAAAUAAAGCCUAGUGUUUUCUUCUUUCCAUACAGUAGAGAGGAAGCAUCAUUUAACAGUUUCAUGUACAAUAUUGUAGGACACUGUAUAUUUUUUAUGGAAUCUGGUAUUGUUAAUUUUGCUUUGUUAGUUAUAAAAUUAACCAUUUACAAGUAUUCUUUAUUCAUUGCUGUACCAAUAUUUUAAUAAAAAGAUAUGCUUCAUAAGACCCCUA